AUGGAAGACGAAGACGAAGAUAAUGAUGAUGAAGAGGAGGAAGAAACUGAAGAGGAUGAAAGGACUGUUGGAUGCAAAAGAGACACUGCUUGCAAGGUGAGGGAUAUCCCCGACCAAUAUGGUGCAGAUAUAUUCAAAAGUGGAUGCGCAACUCAGCCAAAAAAUCCUUACUUUGUAGCGAAAAUACGAGCAAAAAGGAGAGAUCAACUGUACAUUUCAAUUGAUGUGGUGAGAGAUUACAAACUUGAACUCCCUUCAAGAAUGAUAAUUCGCGAUUCUGCUGACAGAGAAUUUGAGACGAAACUCAAAAAUUGGAAGGAUGGUAGAAUAUGGCUAGCUGGCGGAUGGCGCAGUUUAUGCAGGUGGAAUCUUGUGGAAAAAGAUGACAGAUGCAUUUGUGAUUGUGAGAGGAAAAGGCAAAAAAAGCCUUUAUUUGCCAUGAAGUAUUAG